AUGACGACGAAUGAUUGCACACAUCCAAGCCCGCACACCAUUCCAAACGAUACCUGUCCAACCAAGCACAUAGCAGCACAGGUACGCCGCUGUCCGAACGCUACUGCUCUAUUGUGGUAUGACCCGUCCCGCGAACCGGACAAAGUCUUGAAACGGUUGACCUAUCAACAAGUAUGGAGCCAAGCCAAGAGAACUGCAACGAUCUUGGGAAAAUUACUGGAGCAGAGCGAGACAAAUGUGGGACAUGAGUAUCGGAAAGGGAACAGUUGGAAUUCUGGUGGAUGAAGGAAUCAUGCUUCCGAUACUUAUGCUCGCGGUGCUACUGUGCUCUCCGAAAGCAGCGUUAGUUCCGAUGGACGCAACCGAUCCCCGCCUGCACUACAUCAUAGACGACACAGAUCCUGAUGUUGUUAUCGCAAAAGAUGACGCGGGACGGGCAAAACUUGUUGAGGCCGUGGGAAAGAGCGAACGACGGAAAUCGGGGCGGUGUGUGACAUUGGACGCUCUGACAAAUGAGAUGAAGAACUGUGGGGAGGAUGAUGAAGCGGUAGCAGGAUCAACCUGUACUGGAGCCGAUGUAUCGCAUAUUUAUUUUACGAGUGGAAGUACGGGUCGACCAAAAGGAUGCAUCACUAGCCGAUCAUCUCUAACGUCGUACUCUCACGCCAAAAACACUGCUCAUCAAAUUAAUUCUUCAAGCACCAUAUUCGUUGCCUCCUCUCACACGUUUGAUCCAUCUCUGGGUGAUUUCAUCUCAGCCUGGAUAGCCGGUGCAACCGUCGCGUUGGCUCCACGGACCACUAUCUUUACUGCGUUGUUUCAUUGUCUGUCUAGUACACAGUCAACGCAUGUCCUCACCACUCCGGCGCUUUUUGGCACGCUUCAAGGGUAUGGACCCAAGGGUUUGCCGGCGUUACAGGUCAUCGCCCUUGGAGGGGAACCUACACCUCAGUCGGUUGUAGAUACCUGGGCAGAACAGGUAGUCCUACUCAACACAUAUGGCGUAACAGAAUGCUGUGUCUAUCAAACAGCCUGCCGCCUCCGCCCAGGAAUCAGUCGCAAGAAUAUUGGAGCACCGCUUGCUGGUAACUCUCUCCUUAUCAUGUCGUCACCUCAUGGCUGGGAGAAAAUCCCUUGCACGGAUCCCACGGAGAUGCUACCUGUUGCAGAGCAUAGCAAAGAAAUUGGCGAAUUAUGGAUAUCUGGACACCAAGUAGGUCUUGGAUACCUAAAUCGGCCAACCUUGACUGCCGAACGAUUCAUCAACCAUCCCGUGUAUGGUCGAUGUUUUCGAACAGGGGACAUUGUUGCGCGAGAUGAUGGGAAUGGAUGGAAACUCCUCGGUAGAAUGGACACACAGGUCAAAAUCUCUGGACAACGGAUCGAAACGGAAGAGAUUGAACAUGCGUUAAUGUCAUCCGCUACGAGUAUUCUGCUGUCGAGCGUGACAGUCAUUUAUCAUCAGACGCGACAGUUGGUCGCAUUCUGCAUUCCCCAGGAUGUGGAUGUUUAUUUGGAUGGCGGCGAACCGGCAUCAUCAAGAGGUGGCCUGCUCUCUACGCUCCUACGGAUUCUGUCUGAAGAAACGUUGCCUAGACAUAUGGUUCCUGCGCGAUUCGUAUUUGUACGAGAUCUACCAAAGACGGGAACGGGGAAAAUUGCGAGAAGUGUACUAGCGAAAGAAGAGUUACCUCUACUGGUUUUUCAAAGCGAGGCUGAUGACGAUGCGAGUGCGACAAUGGGUGGUUGGACAGCGGUGGUCGGUGACGUCUGGACGGAGGUGCUAGGCGGAGUGGGCGUUUUGGGGAUACAGACACACUUUAUGGAAGCAGGCGGGGACUCGCUGGCUGCUUUACGAGCGUGUCAGCGGUUAUCUCAUUUGUGGAAGAAUCGCGCUGCUGUGACCGACGCAAAAGAUCAGGGCGGCGAUACGGACACCGAAACGAGAGAUGGGUUAUUUGGCGAAUUACUAGGCGUCCUUGCACCCAUUGAAUUGCUCAAACGGCCGAUAUUGGUGCACUUUGCCGAGUACCUUUAUCGUGCUUUGGGCGAUUUUGAUUCAUCGGGCAGUGCACCCAUUGUGCAAAUCCCUGCUUCUCAACCUACAUCCACCACCCAUCUCUCCCUCCUCUACACAGCCUCUGGCCGCGGCGCAAAAACCAUUGUGGACUAUCUCCUGCAAAAGCGCAACCUCCACGUCGAUGGUGGAUCCCAUAGUGGCCGGCAUACAACCCCAUUACACUGCGCAGCCGUCAAUGCUCACUUUGAAACCGCCCAACUCCUCCUCAACCACAACGCCAACCCCUUCGCGCGGGACCCCCACGGCGCGACACCCCUCCACCUCGCCUCCCAACACGGACCAAAAGCCCUCGUAUCCCUCCUCCUCGACUGCACACGAACAAAAAAGGGCGUUAACCCCCUCUCCAACACGGAUGAUAAUGGUCAAACACCCCUUCAUCACGCCGCAAGAGGAGGCGCCCCUUCGACCAUUAUUGACCUCCUCAUGCAGUCCUCACCCAAUCCAGCACUCUACAUCCACACAACGGAUACAUGGACCCGCACCCCUCUCCACUGGGCCGUCGUCAACGGGUGGCGAACAACUGUGGCGGCUCUGUUGGCUUGGGGCGCCAAUCCAAAAUUGCGAGAUAAGAAUCAUGAAUCGUGUAUUGAAAUUGCUGAGCGGCGGGCGAGGUGUGGAGCUAAUGAGCGGGGUGCAGGAGUUGGUGCGAGUGUUUUUGGGGAUAUUGCGAGGAUGUUGGGUGGGAGUGGGAGGACGGUGGUUGUUGGGCGGUUUGUCAAGUGAUUUUGGUGGGGAAGCUGGGCCCGUUAAACUAUUGGCCGUAAUUGUAUCAUCUAUAAUUUAUGCUGCAAUAUGGAGUGUGUGCGGCUAGGAUCUUGUGG